ACAAUCAUAAACUGGUUAACAGGAGGAAUUAACAUGAGAGUACAGCUCCUCUCUUUGUUGAACUUAUUCCUCUUUAUUGGGAGUCUUCUCGCCAUUCUCAUCUGCUACAAAUUUGAUGACAGCAAUAUGGAACCUUACCGACCACCUCGUCAAAAAAAAGGUACUCCAAAGCCGUCGGAUAUUUCCAAAAGCUCCAAAGUAUACAUUGACAAAAUAGCAAAGCAUUAUUCUAAACCCUGGAAGAAGCAGGAGGAGAAUUACCAAAGAAUGAGAUUACAGCUGAAAAUCAGUUGCAAUGGGUCCAGAAAUGGUAUUCUUACCCAGGAGAACACUCCAAUGGGAACAAAGCUUAUUCAUCAAACGACCAUGCAGGUGACUCCAGAGAUUUUCAAGACUUUUAUAAAGGAGAAUCCUUUCUCUGAUAAAACGUUGGACACCUGUUCAGUUGUUGGGAAUGGUGGGAUCCUGGGGAACAGUGGCUGUGGGAAAAUGAUCGAUUCAGCAGACUUUGUUAUCAGGUGUAACCUAGCUCCUUUAGAAACGGAAUUUGAGAAGGACGUUGGCUCGAAGACUGACCUUGUGACAGCAAACCCGAGUAUCCUCAAUAUCAAUCAUGAGGAACCUCACCGACCACCUCCUCAAAAGAAACAUGCUCCAACGCUGUCAGAAAUUUGCAAAGGCUGCAAGGAAAUCAUUGACAAAGUACAUCAGCGUUACAAUCAAACCUGGAAGAAGAAUGAGAAAAAUCACUUAAAAUUCAGAGACAAUCUGAGAGUUAGGUGCAAUGGCUUUGACAACGCCAUUAUUACUCAGAACAAUACUCCUCUAGGAUCGAAUAUUGUUUACAGUGGGGAAAAGAAGAGGACUCUUCAGGUGAAAUUGGACUUUUUCGACUUGUUUUCGAAGGAGAAUCCUUUAUCAAAUAAGAAAUUGGACACUUGUUCGGUUGUUGGGAAUGGUGGGAUCCUAUCUGACAGUGGCUGUGGAAAAAUGAUUGAUUCAGCUGACUUUGUUAUCAGGUGCAACUUACCUCCUUUGGAAAAUGGAUAUGAGAAAGAUGUUGGCAUCAAAACUGGCCUUGUGACAGCAAACCCAACCAUCUUCUUUAAUAAGUAUGGCUCGCUGGCUGGACGUCGCCUUCCAUUUGUGGAGAGUCUUCGCAAGUACGGCAACUCUCUACUGCUCCUUCCUGCCUUCUCCUUUGGCAUGAAUACUGCUGUGUGUCAGCGGGCUGCAUAUACAAUACAGGACUUUAAAAGCCCUAUUCAACCUGUUUUCUUCAACCCUCAGUACCUUGACAGUCUGGCCCAAUUCUGGCGCUCUGAAGGCCUGAAAGAAGCGCGGCUCAGCACUGGAUUAAUUAUGGUUAGCAUGGCCCUGGAAUUGUGUGAAAAUGUGCAUCUGUAUGGAUUCUGGCCCUUCAGUAAUCACCCAUAUGGCCUCUAUACCCUGACUAACCACUACUAUGAUGACGUACCACCUAAAACGGUUUUCCACUCAAUGCCGGCUGAGUUUGACCACUUGUUGCAGCUUCACACUGAAGGGGUACUCAGGCUUCACCUAGGAGACUGUAAAUCAGAUGAAAAAUAGUUCCCAGGGAUAGACAACAGCACAGAAGCAAAGCACAGAAGCAAGUACCUCUGCUAUAGCCUCAGGAUGAAACUUUAUCACAAAUAUCUCUCACCCUGUAUUCUGAAAUACCUCGAUUACAUGAAGAUCCAUCCAUCCUUUCUCUUGAUUUUUAGACAGAAAACUCUAACGCACACAAUAGGGACUAUUUUGACAAUUUCUUAAAAAAUGUAACCACGAAAAGUACUUUGGUACCAGCAGAAGAUAAAUGUAUAGUGCCUGAUUAAAGUGCAAAAAUAAUAUCACACAACUACCACAUUUGUCCGAUUUUAAGUGAGAUUCAUGCUUUGUGUUUAAUCUGCACCACAGGUACUGUACAGCAUAACUUCAAACCUCCCUGAAACCCAGUGCCAUAAUUCAGUAACUGGACCUGCACUUCCAUAGAAUCGUAAUUAAACACUGAGUGGAUGCAGUCUACAAUGACUGUGAUUGGCCCGAUCAGUGCUGUCACUUCCUAAGCAUUUCUAGCUACUUCUUUUACUGCUGCCAUUUUCUAAAUUGACUGGAAGGGAAUGGAUGAACUUGAAUAGAGAACUUUGCUGGCCACUUUCAUAAGCUACACCCUAGUCUCUGUAUAGAUUCAGUGCACAAUUACAAAUUACACAUAAUUUUCACUAACAUUUCUACAUGUGAUGCAGGCAAGAGGCAAUGGUUUGUGUCCAUUUAUCUUUGUAUUGGUCCUUUGCAAAACAAUUUUUAAAGUCCCAGUGCUGCUGAAUUUCUGACCAUUACUGCUCGCUCCCGUUUCUGUCACUUUGACCAGUCCCACAGUAUUUCUGUCCAACCACACUCUAAGUUUAUUCAAAUUCAGCAAAAGUCUCAAAGUUUUGGCCUUGAUUUGUCUGUUGCAAUGUUUAUCCUUGACCAACAUUUUUCUGUUGAUCCAGGAAUAACACAGGCAUGUGGAUAUCAGAUACAUGUGUUGGCAGGGCAGUGCGGGUUAGGUGUAUUCUGGUCAUACUGGUACUGUUCAUGGCUGUUCGUUGUUGUUUCAUAAACAGUAUGAGAUGAGAGGGAAAAUUAAGUGAACGUGAAUAAAUACUUAUCAAAAAUUUUUGGAACAGUGGAUGCGGUGACAUUCACUUGUGGGUAGUAAUUUCAGAGUCCAAAGUAUUUGGAGCAAUCAACCAUUUAAAUGUUAUAGUGUAGUCAAUGCCAAGUAUUUAGUUUGUCUAAACACAUGUGUAAAGAUGAGAAACUUGACAUAUGUUAAAGAAGAUAGCACUUGCAAUGUUCAAAUCCAAACAAAAGCCAUCACGUGGUUUAUAAAAUGCUGACAUCUGUGUAAAAACAUAUAUUAUUUAUUCAUUUUUUAUAUAUUGAGAUGGUUUGGGCAGAGGUGGAAUAGUGCAUACAUUACACAAAGCAUGUUGAAUAUAGAGCUGCCAGGUAGCAGAAGAAAAGUAAGAGCACAGAGAAGAUUCAUGUAUGUAGUGAAGGAGGACAUGCAGAGGGUUCAUAUGAGAAGGGCACUAGAGAUAGAGUGAGAUGGAGGCAGAUGAUCCAGUGUGGUGACCCCUAAAGGAAGCAGCCAAAAGAAGGAGAUAUUCACGAAUCUAUGUAUGUUGUUCAUUAAUGUUACAACAGACACACACACACACACACAGACACACACACACUGCGAACUACUCUACUCCUGGAAAAAAUUACUCAGCCAAUUGUAAGUCAUCGAUCAUACUGACUGUACAUGAUACAAAGGGUGCUAUGUACUUUUAUAAAACAAACAAAAUCUGUCCCAAGACCACCAGCAUACUUUCUGGAGCUGACAUUUGUGGAGUCAGCAUAUGUCCCAGCAGUGGCCAUCAACAGCCUUUUCAUUGCUAUCACUCAGAGAAUGGACUUUGUUAAACUGUGAUAAAUAUGACAUUGUCUCUAACAAGUACUGACUGACUACUAUCUCCUUACAGUAGGUGUGGAUAUUUGUCUUGACAUACUGGCAGAGAAUCAGUAUGUUUGCUGGUCUGACUAUUUCAUUAUAAUCAAACCAUUGUUCCAGUAAUCAAGAUUAGUGAGUUUGUGAACCCUCAUUUCCUCAUUCAUAGUUAUCACUCCAUGACUAUGUGGACUGUAAAGCAGCUGUCACACUGUUUGCCAGCUUCCCUGCACUGGAAACACUUACUGUAAGUUA